CUGAAGGUCACAAUAGAAAAAUAAAGCCUUUUUCUUUUGUUUUAAACUUCGAUUUUUUAAUGUAAAAACGCCUGCUCAUAAACCACAAAUAUGCACAAUCGACCGCCCGCAGUGCUGUGCAAGCCGAGUGCUUAAAAUUCGGACAAAUGUCGUGUGUUUUCAGUGCCAAUUGUGCGGUGUUUUCAGUGUAGUAUACAACUUUUUGUGUCUCUACGAAAAUUUUCUCCCGUUCUGGGGACGCAUGAAAAAUGGCGGCGUCCUCAGCUGCGGCUGCGGCGACCACAUCGAUUCCAAACCCAAUCCCAGUCCCGCUGCCCACGGAGGCAAUAUCGGGAUGCAAGGAUGACGACGCCCUCAGCUCCACACUCCACACGUGCGCCAACGAUCCGGACUUUGCGGUGAUUUGUGCCUUCCUGCAGAAGUUCGCCAAGGACUUGGGCCUGAAUGUGCCGAAUUUCAAGCAUUUGCAGGAGUGGCUGACCAACAAUGAUGAAGUUCCCGAACUGAGAGACCUGCACAUUAAACUGCUGCGAAAGACCCGUAAGACGGUCCACGAGAAGAGCUGGGAGUCGGCCCUCAGCAAGUUCUGUUUCGGUUACUCGGUCCAGGAUGCCUGGGAGAUCGAACGUUUUGGCUACAAGAACUCCAGUCUUAAGGUCAAGCUGCGGAUUUUUCGUGAACUCCUUGAGAGCCAGUUCGAGCGCAAUGCCAAGUUUCGUGCCCACAUCCUUACACUUAACGCCGACACUCUGCGAUCGGAGCCCAUUGGAAGGGAUCGACUGGGCCAUGCCUACUGGCUGACCCAGGAUGCCGACUGCAACCUGCGCAUAUACCAAGAGCACCUGGACGAGGAGAUCUGGCAGGUGGUGGCCACAAACCGAGAUGAGUUUGUCAAUCUCAUUGCCAGGCUGCGUGGCAAUGAGGUAGUGCUACCCUCCAAGGACAUAGGUGAGGCUGAUGAGGACACCAGUAGUAGCAACAGCUGUCCAGCCAAGCCACCACCUCCAGUGGAAAGGGUGGAGGAAGAGGAUGAUGAUGAAGAUGAGGAGGAGGAUGAGAAAACAGUGCCCAAUCUGAAGAUUAAACUUCGAUCACCCGAUCAGGAGGAGCAAAAGGCCAAAAGAGUUAAGCCCCUGCUCAUCAGUCAGGCCAAGCUGGGAGGCAGUUUGUCGCCGGCUCCGGCCAAAAAGCGUUCAAUCGAGGACGUAGACAGCAGUCCCACAGCUGCAUCGCAGGAGGAGCUCAAGAAGCACCGACCCACGCUGCUGGACACCAAACGUAUUAAGAAACCCAGUCGUUAUGAGAGCACCAAGGAUGAAAACGAAGGUGAAUCCGGCGACGAAGAGGAAGAAGGCGGAGAAGAGGACUCCGAGUUGGAUGAGGGCGAAGAGGAGGAGGAGGAGGACAUUGACAGUGCGGCAGCUGAUAUUGAAGAGGAUGACGACGAUGAGGACGAUGAAGUGGGCGAAGCCGUCGAAGAUCCAACUGUGGUGGUCCGCGGCGAGGGAUCCGGACGCGAGAAUGAGGCUAUUCCGGAUAACGAUUCACUCUCCUAUAACUUAAACUACGAGGACAAUCUCGAGUUUAGUGAAGUCAUUGAAGAUCCUGUGUUCUAUGUCUUCGGUCAAGGUAACGGUGCCGAUUGCCGUGGUAAUGGUCAGCACGAAGCUCCAGCAGAAGAAACUACCUCGACCAAGUCCGAGCCCAAGGCUACAUUCUUCUUCGGCGAGCCGGGAUGCCUCAAGUUAAGCCCCAUGAAGCAAAACCCUAAGCCAGAGGCGAAGCGCAGCAUUUUCGACAGCCUAGACGGUGAGGAGAAGACCAAUGGGGACAGCCAAAACUCCAGGGAAGAGACUCCACCGCGGAAUGGCAGUGAGCUCAAGGAGGGUCCAUCGACUACUGCUGUUGCUGUUCCCAGCGAAGAGAAGCUUGAUGACCAAGUAACUAACGAAACGACAAUCUCAAAAGAAGCAGGGAGCGAAGAACCCAAGUUACCUGCAAAGGCAGAUCAAGAGAACAAUGUUAGGAUAAGAAUACGGAAAUCUCCAAUACGGCAGAAGCAAAAGAAGAGCUGGUCACGAAAACAAAGGACAUAUUCUGCAAAAAUCAAUACAAGCAGCACUGAAACUAUGACCUCUACCGAGGAAGAAAAUCUAAAGAAAAUUGAACAAAACGAAGUGCCCAGUGCUUCCCCAGACUUGAUUUCUAAGGAUAAAAUUGAUACUACUAAAGCAAUGGAGAAAAGUGCCUCCGAACCAAGGCCCGAUGUAAAACCUAUCGAGGCUAAACCUCCACCUGCACCGCCCAAUAGAAAGCGUCGUCUUAAUGACUGCCAGCCUGCUCCUAGAAAUUCUACUUCCGAAAGCGAAGUGCAGGAAGAGGAGCUGCAUCAAAACCAAGACGAGGACGAUGCUUUGGAUGACCUAGAUGUUGGUGGCAAGCGCAUAAAGAUGCGUCCUAUAUCCAACGUGGAGGUCAGGCGCAAAGUGGAGGCUCAGAAGACACAGAUCGAGGAGACGACAUCUUCCAGCGGAGAGGACGACCCGCGCAGUCGUCGCAAGAUCAUAGCUCCGAAAAGACACCUGGAUAAGACAACGCCUUCCAACAUCAAGCAGAAGCCCACUCUGGCCGAAAUUAUUGAAAAGAAGCUAAAGAAGACACCGGAAAAGGGAACGCCGGAGAAAGAAGUUGUGGAGCAACUUUCUGAGAAGCAAGCAAAAGAAAAGACUGCUCCGCCGCCGCCGCCAGCCAGAGAAGUCACACCACCUGCCUCCUCCACCAAAAAGUCACCGGUGACAAAACCUCUGAAAAAUCUGCUUACCCAGCUGCGACAGGGAGAUGACAGCGAGGAGGAGGCUAUUCCUAGAAAGCGAACAAACAGCGACAAUGCCUUGCCAGAAGCGAUAAAUCCUAAUGUUUCCCUUGGAGUUCCUGAAGCAUCGCAGCACCGGAAGCGUCGCAGUAGUGAAGAAGCCAAGGAGACCAUCUCCAAAGAAGCCUCACCCAAUGAAACCUCUCCCUCUGCCAUCUGUGAGAAGCUGAAGCGCAACAACGAACAGGACAUCAAGGAGGAGGUUGAAACGACAGAGGUGGAUCCGCUGGCAUUGCCCGCAAAGGACUCGUCGCCGACUUCAGCCAAAGAAGAAGGCUCUACUCCAGAGGGUGCAGCCCGUCGCUCUGGACGCCGUGGUGGAGCCGCUGUUGUUUACUCCGAGUUGCCUCAACAAAGAACGCGUGGUGGAGCCAAGGAGAAAACACAGCCAGAUGCAAAAUCAGAGGUAAAGCAGGAAUCCGAUGAUGAAGAGGACAAAGAGGAGGACCAGGAAACCCCUAAAACUCCAGUUAAACCAACAGUGGAAAUGAAAAAGGAAGAGCCAAAGGCGAAAACAGAACAAGAUAAGUUAGCGGAUGAGGAGCAGCCUGUGAAGGAGGAACCCAAAGAGGAGGCCAAGCCCAAGGUGGGUCGGGGACGAGGUCCUCGCAAGAAGCGUGAAGUGGAUACCACCAACAUCAUUGAAGCCACUGACUCCGAGACCCCGGUGCGUCAAUCCCGUCGCAUUGCUCAGCAGAAGAUCAAGGAGGAGGCAGAACGCCGCAAGCUUGAGGAGGUUGCUCUUCGUUCCAUGAAGCAGGAGCUCAAGAAAAAGAAGACCGAGAAGGAGGCUGAUCCUACAGUACUGGAGCCUUCCGGUGAGGAAUCCGAGUCAGAGGCCAGCGAGGCAGCAGAAGAAGAGACGCGAAAUAAGAAAAAAAAAUGCCCCGGCAAGGAUGGCUGGUCAUCGGACUCCGAGGAGCAGCCUGAAAGCGAGGAGGAAGAGGAGGAGCCACCGCAUUACGACACGGACCCCGGCUCACCACUCUUUCGCUCGGACCAUGAAUUUUCGCCCGAAUCCGAGCUGGAGGACGAGUCGCAAGUGGUGCCCAUGAAGCGGGCACGUACUGUGCGCAAGGAGAACGCUGAGGAGGAGGAAGACGAUGCGGAGGAGGCGUGCCAGGAGUGUGGCAAGUCUGAUCAUCCCGAAUGGAUACUGCUCUGCGACACACCCGCUUGCAAAGGGUACCAUUGUUCCUGCCUCUCUCCCGUGCUCUUUUACAUCCCCGAGGGUGACUGGCACUGUCCACCCUGUCAGCAGGAGCAGCUCAUCACCGCUCUCGAGAGCCAGCUUCAGAAAUUCGAUGCCUUGGUGGCCCAAAAGCAGCAAGAACGACGCCUGGCCGAGGAGCAGGCGGAGCGAGAUCGUCAGGAUCGAGAGGCAGCCGCCAAUCUGGCAGCGAAUGACAAUAACUCGAAGAGGAGAGACAAGGAUGAUGACGACGAUGAUGAUGAGGAGGAGGACCAGGAGGUGUGCAACAAGGCCGACAAGGUGAAGCGUCGUCGGGGCGACGGACGUAGCAAUCGGCGUGCAGCUAAGCGAGGCACCAGGCGUCGGCGCGGUGACGAAUCCGCCUCUAGCAAUGGCAAAUCCGCUGGCAGUGGCUGGUCCGGGUCUGGAUCUGGUUCUGGCUCCAGCAGCGAUAACAGCAGCAGCUUCUCGGAUUCGGAUGAUGAGCCGAUCUACAAGCUACGCAAACGGCGCCAGAUCAAUGUGAGCUAUCGCCUCAACGAAUACGAUGACCUCAUUAAUUCGGCGCUAAAGAAGGAAAUGGAUGAGGUGGCCGGUGCUGGGAAUCUCGGACGUGGCAAGGAUAUCUCCACCAUCAUCGAGGCGGACAAGGAGAAGGCACGACGCGAAGAUCAGGAAUCGAAGGAGCCUGCACCGGCGGCAAAUGAAGCUAACAACGAGAAUGAGAAGGAGAAGAAGCAAAAGGAGAAAUCCAAAUCCAGUGGCAGUGGCAGCUCAUCCUCCGACGAUGAGGCUCUCAAGCGAAGCAACAAAUCCACGAAGCAGCCGCCGGCCAAAAAGAAGCCUCGCAAGCUAACCACCUUGGAUGUGAGCAGCGAGGAGGAUCACGGCAGCGAUGAGGACUUUAAGAUCAGCUACUCGGAUGAGGACACCUCACAGUCUGGUUCCGGUGUCGACUCCAGCCUGGAGGUAUACAGGCGACCUGGCAGAGGGAAGAAGCAACGGAAGGCGGCCAGAAGAGCGGCCCGCGAGAGACGCAAGGAUCGCAAGUUCGUGGUCGAAGAGAGCGACGAGAGUGAGGAGGAGGUGCAGCAACGGCGGAGCACCAAGUCCAGCAAGAAGAAGAAGAAGGAGGACUCUGACUACACGGAAACGGAAACCGAUGACGACGAAAACGGUUCGGAAUUGUCCGAGAACGUGGACAGUGCCGAUCUGUGCGACGACACGACAUCUGAAAGCGAUGACGGUGCCUGGCAUCCCUCCAAAAAGAAGAAGAAGGCGGCGGCUGCUAAGAAAUCAGGUUCUUCGGCAAUAGCCAGGAAAUCACCCAAGUUGAAGAAACCCGCCAGUCAGCCAGCGAAGAAGGUCAAGCGGUUGGAGUACUCCGACGAUGACAUCAGUGAGAGUGAACCUGAAGAAGAUGAGGAGGAUGAAGAGGACGAUGAUGGUGCACCGCUGUCGGGCAAGGGUUCCGGCAAGCAGCCACGCUCUCAACCCCUCAAAUCCAGUGGAUCUGGCGGCGCAGUCGGCAAGGGAAAGGGCAAAGGCAAGGCCAAGAAGAAGAAGGCAGCAUCCUCCUCCGAUGAGGAGGAAGGUGUUGCAUCCGAUGAUCGCACCCGAACACGUGGACGUCGCUACGCUUAUAUCGAAGAGGAUGACGAUAGUUCCGAUGGCGGCAUUAAACCCGGUGUCCAUCGUCCCGACACACCGCCUGAGGAGCGACAGAAGUUCAUCCAACGGCAGGAAGAGAUCAAGCGAAUGCUGGCCGAAAAGAAUGCCGAGGGAGCCAAGCUGGCAGCCACUCCCCGUCUAACGCCCAUUAAGUCAGGAGCUGGAGGAACUGGUCCAGAGAAGCGUACGCCCGGCAAGGCCACUGGCGCCGGUGGCGAUUCACUGUCCACUGUCCCACUCUCGGUGAUACGGCAGGCGAAGGUGCUGGAUAUCGACUACCUGCAGCGCAAGGGUGAGACUAUCGGUGACCUAGACGACGUGGAUGAAUCGGAGCUGGAUGAUGCAGAGCUACCCGAUGACCUACCCGAGGACAUUGGGGAUGCCAUCGCACGCAUGGUGGAGGAGGAGGAACAGUUUAGUGCCGCUGUGGCAGCCCGAGAGCUACCCGGAGCCGAGGAAGUGUUGCGUACCACGCCCUCCAAGUCCAAGCAAGCAAGCAGAGCGGCUCCCGAGGCAGCUGUUCCACCUCCCAGUGCAUCGGGACUGCAGGAGCCACAUCGCAAGCGUUUGCCCAUGCCCACCAUGCAUCCGCCGCUGCUCCGUCACCAGUUCCCUCUGUCCGUUAGUCAAGCACAUCCGCCAGCCUCACUCCUGCCACCUCAGCCGCCGCCACACGGAAUGCAUCCCAUGCUGCAGCGUCAUCUGUCGCAGGCAGUCCCGCCUCCUCAAGCCAUGCAGCUGCUGCAGAAUGCAUUGUCCGCCCCACUCGGACAGCCAUUAGGACGGGCUAACUAUUCACCCGGACCUCCAACAGCUCAGCAUCUGCCGCUGGUUAUGUCCAUGCCAUCAGCUGCGGCGGCGGCUCAUCUAAUGCAAUCUGCGGCCGCCUCAGCGGCAGCACGCCCACCCGAUGGCGGAGCAGCUGGAAAUCCCACAGCCGACACUAAGCCACGUGGCAGACGGAAAAAGGUCACACCGCUCAGGGAUCAGUUGCAGAAGCAACAAACGGCGGCAGCUGUCGCAGCAGCCACAUCAUCAACGGUGACUCCGCCUACAACAGUUCCAGCGGAAAAGUCAAAGGGACAGCCCCAGCCGCUUUUUAAGCCGCACGAGGAUGCCCCUAACGCUCCUCCCGGAGCUCCCAACGCCUCGCAGGCCUCUGUGAUUACCCGUAUGCCCGCACACCUGCCCCUACCCCAUGGACGUGGACACGGACAACAUGGUCACGGCCCGCCUGCCGGCAUGUAUCCCAGCAGUGCGGAGUUGGCUCGCUUCUAUAGCCAAGUGGCGGGACAACCGCCACCUGUGUCUGCUACCUCUGCUGGAUCACGCUCUCCUUCGUCAUCGCCUGGACCACCGCGUCACCUUCUGCGUCCACAACUACCGCCUGGUCUUCCGCCACCACACUCAACCCUCCGGCCCACGUACGGACCACCGCCGCCACUACGGGGAUCCGGACCGCCCACAUCGACGGCCAGCGGUGGAGGAGCGCCAAAUACACGUCCACCUUACCUUCAUGGUGCGGAGCACCACGGCGGACCUUCAGGACCACCCAUGGGAGGAGCCUAUGGCUCUGGACCACCACCAGCACGUCAUGCAUCACCCCACUUGAAUCCGUACAGAGCACCACCUAUUUAUGGCAAUCCCAACUAUCCGCCUCGUGUGGGAGGAGGACCUCCAGGACCUGGUAAUAUGCGACCUGGAUCAGUGGAUUUUGCGGCAGGAGCACGUGGAUAUCCUCCCUAUGGCUACUAUCCCCCGCCACCACCACUGACCACGCCGCCUUCCCAAGUACCGCCCAAUUCGGUGAUCGUUAGUGUUCCGCCAUUGGUGACACCCACCAAUCACUCGGUGUCUGCUUUAACACGUGCAGGCAAAGCACCACCGCCGUCAGGACCUCCGCCUCAGAGUGCACCAACUCUGCCACCUGCUGCAGCAGCACCCGCAGCACCUAUAAUCACUGAUAAACCAACGGCUGCAGCUGCUUCCGUGAUAACAAGUAAAAAGCUGACCACCUUGGGUGCCUAUCCCAUCAGCAAAUCCCCGCCAGCUGUUGGGGGCGAGGGUCCAAGGGUAGCAGGAACCACAAAUUCACCGGCAACCAUUGCCGAAGAUGAUUCGGGAUCGGCUCAUGACACAACAGUGCCGCCAGCUGCCACGGGAGGCACUGCGGUGGGCGAGUUUAGUGGCUUGGUGAGCUACUUUAGCUCGCAGCAGGACGAUUAUGACACAUAACAAACGCCGGCGGGCGCCUAAAGGGAGAAAAACUGUAAAUAUAUGUAGUAGCUGAUAUCUGUAAUUAAGGAUUAAAGAGUACUAUAAGUAGGGUAGUCUUUGGACAACCAGCAGCUAGAGUUGUUCGGAGAUUGCAUUGCCCUCUGUAGGGCGGAGCUUAAUAUCCUGCUUUAGGCCACUUAUCGGAAAUUUACUCCCGCAAAGCAAUUUAGAAGGAAAAUUAAUUUGACAAUUUUGUUUAGUUUAAAGCAAGUGGAGUUAUACUACGUUGUAUAAUAUCUAAUGAGCUGAUUUGAUUGUUUUAUGUUGUAUAGAAAUUUUGUUUUUGACCAGCGACAGACAUUUUCCCGUUUAAGUAAUUAAUUUAUUUACCUAUCCCAUAACUUUUCUGUGCUCUUAGAGUUCUUAGCUAAAGCAAAAACAUCAACUACAUCUAGUAUUCUAAUUUUAGAUGUAUAUUUUAUGGGAAUUAUAGCGAAAGGCGCAUAAGUUAUCUAUGAUACAUACCAUUAAUGAGUACUAAACUAUAAACGAAUAACACCCUAAACAUAACGCAAUGUAAACUAACGAUAGUUCGAGUAAUAAUGAACCCCUCACUAAGCAAUUGGAAUAUGAGCAUGCAGUGCAUAUUACAAAAACAGUUAAAACUACCUAAAAACCAUUAUUAACAUAAUGCAAAUGGUAUACUAAGAUCAAAGAUGGGCAAAACACACAUAUUAUAUAUAUAUUGAU